AUGAUUCUUUUUCUUUCUUUUCUUUUCUUUUCUUUUUUUCUUUCUUUUCUUUGCUUUUCUUUUCCUUCCUUUCUUUUCCUUUCUUUUCUUUUCCCUUCUUUUCUUUUUCUUUCUUUUCUUUUUCUUUCUUUUCUUUUCUUUUCUUUCUGCAAUUUUACAGGAGAUGAUCCAUACCUUGCGCUACUAACGUUGCGUACAACACCUGGCAAAGACAACUCUCCUUCACCGGCAGCUAGGCUAAUGAAUCGCCAACUGAGAACACUGCUACCAAUCAUGAGAAAAAAUAAUCAUGAUCAUCAAAAGGCAAAUCUAAAUCACAGACAGACAGUACAAUAUAAUAGCCAUCAACGUGAGCUAACUCCUCUUAAGAUUGGUGACCAGGUCCGUGUUCAUGAUGGUAAAACUUGGUCCAGGAAAGGAGUAGUGACUGAACGUUGCUCCCAACCUAAAUCAUACAUAGUGCUGACGGAGAAUGGUAGAAGUAUACGCCGAAACCGUCGACAUAUACUGCAAGUACCCUGUUCAAAGACACUACCAUCACAAUCAUAUCCUGAUACAAUAUUCAGCGCAACCAGACAACCUCAUCUACCUAAUUCACGUGAACCAUGUCCAGCCGUUUCAGAAUCAGGAGUCCGAACCAGAUCAGGACGACUAAUACAUCAACCUCGAUGGAUGCAGGAUUUUACAAAGUAA